GGUAACUUUGGAUAGCCGUUCACUGUUAUAAUGGUUAUCGUGAAUCUGUGUUACCGAAGACGUUACCAUUGGGUUGUGGCGUUUUUAUGGGGAUUUUAAUGUGGUUUUAAAACAGUGUUUUAUUGUCAACAUGGAUACAAAAAUGGUGUUUGGGAUACAUAUAACACUUGUGAUUUUAUUCAAUAUUUUACCGGCCAUACACAGUCAGGACACAUUUUACUUUAACGUGAAACCAACAGACCAAGCAGUUUUCGAGGGUCACGAACUGACGCUAAAUUGUGAUGUGUCAAAUCGGCGGCACAUACAGUUUCAGUGGACACAUAAUUCCAAACUAAUCACAAACACAAGCAGACGGUUUCAAGAUGGCAGCAAUUUGCGGAUUUUGCGUGUAAGUCGCACUGAAGACGCGGGACCGUUUGAAUGUGUUGCGACAAACGUUACCACAGGGUUCUCUCUACUGAGUGGGGAUGCAACACUUUCUAUACGCUGGAUUGACCCGGUGGCGAAAGUUGAGAGAACUGGGAACCAGGAUGAGGUUCUGGACCUCGGCUCUGAGCUGCAACUCAAGUGUGAGAUAUUGGGAAACCCUGAACCUGCGUUCUACUGGUACCAAAAUCAGUUCCGGGUGUUCAACAAACAGAAUGUUCGUAUUUUGGACAAGGGUACACGUCUUCGUAUUUUCAACAUCACUGCCAGCGACAAUGGAGUGUACUCGUGCCGUGGAGAGAAUGUGGCGGGAACUGUGGAUAGCACCAGCAACUUCCUGUUGAAUAUCAAAGCCCCCAACACUCCCCACCUGAUCCAGAAACUGUUCACACCUAAUCUGCUGGUCUCGAAGAACCAAGAGGCGAGGUUGGACUGUCCAUUUGAAGACGCCACCAAAAUAGAGUGGUUCGCCAACUAUGAAAAGCUGUAUAACAGCACACGGUACACAGUCUUCAACAACGGUUCCCUGUAUUUCCCAAAGGUUAGGAAAGCAGAUGAGGCUGGGUACCGGUGCGAGGGCCUCUCCAAUGUGUCAGACAUCCCCGCCCAGACGUUCAUUGUAGAACUCAUUAUUGCCUAUUUGGAUGACUUCAAUGUGAACUCGUUUGAGCCCCGUCUGAUCCCCAGUUUCCCCAUGGUGAUCCCCGUGCACCAAGAGUUCACCGUGAAGGUCUUCUUGCCGGACGGGAAACCAGCGCCAAGCUACAGAUGGUUGAACAAGAAUGACAUGCCCCUCAGUGACCAGGGUCAGAUUCGUAUGAUUGGGACCAACUUGUUUUUCGAGGACCCACAACAGAUAGACUCUGGAAACUACACUUUCAUCGUCAACAACACGGCUGGAGAAAAAAGACAAAGCUUUUGGAUUAUCAUUUCGGUUCCACCGGUGAUACGUCGUGGGCCCCAGUCACAGGAGAUGUCGGAGGGGAGCGAUGUCGAGUUCACAUGUCAGGUGUCCGGGACAGCGUACCCAGUUACCACGGUGAUGUGGCAGAUGAACAACGAGAACAUACGACUGGGUUCAUCUCGUCACUAUAUCAACCAGGAGUCUGGACUGCUGCGUAUAUCCAUGGUAACGGAGAGUGACCAGGGAAUGUACUCUUGUAUUGCCAUGACAACCGGUCAGGCUCCAGUGCAGUCACCACCAGCGGAACUCAAAGUGAAACGCAAGUUGAAGUUCAAUCCUAUCCCGCGGGAUGGCUUCCUGGAAUUGGACUCGGAUGCAGAGGUUCACUGUCGUGCAGAGGCCGAGAUCAAUCCCAAGGUGCACUGGAUGCGCGGCACGGUGCAGAACGCCGACCUCACGUUCGCUGAUCAUGUGAUCGACUCCGGUGGCACGCUGUAUUUCCGCGGCGUUCGGAGGUCGGAUGAGGGACCCUAUACAUGUGUUGCUGUGGUUUCAAGGGGGGCCACUCAAGACGUUAUCAACAAGACCAUAAAUAUCUACGUUGUUGAACGACCAAGAUUUCAGCAUCUUCCUGCUAACAAAACGGCGUACGAAGGACAUUCGAUGAUGCUGCACUGUGUUGCUUCAGGCGACCCAAGACCCUCGAUCACGUGGGAGAAAAACCAGAUACGAGACAAUUGGGACCGCAAUAGGUUCACAAUAUAUCCAAAUGGGACGCUGAAAAUAUCCAAGGUGUACAUGGAGGACCAGGGGAUGUACCAGUGUGUAGCGAAUAAUACAGCAGGCGCAAUAUACGCCUCCGCCUACCUCGAUGUGGCAAGUGGUUCAGAGUACACAGAGGUGUCUGAGAGCGAGGGCUCUGAGAACUUUGACAUGAUGCGCACGGUGAUCAUUGCAGUGUGUAGCGCGGGGGCCUACCUCGCCCUUGUGAUAGGCCUGACCGCUUACUGCAGCUACAGACUGCUCAUGCAGCGACGCAACAGGAAGGCAGUGUUAAAAGACGAGAAACAAAAUGGCAACCUUCCACAAGAGCAGCACGAGCUCCUCAUGAAAGAGGCCGACCGUGACUCUGGGGCCACCCAGGGUUGCCGUAGCGACAGUGAUAACCGCUCCCACGUUUCCGCCCUGUCUUCUCACCCCUCCCACUCUUCCCAUUCGGCCUCCCACACCGCCUCACACUCUGCGUCUGCUACACACUCACACAAUCUGUCCCAGCAAUCUCAGCGUAGCGCUGGGAAGAACUCGCUUGAUCGACUCUACUUUCCCAGACACGAGUUGCAGACCAUCGGAAUAUUAGGUAAAGGACAGUAUGGCGAUAUUUUCUUGGCAAAAGCGAGAGGUAUAAGACCUGGCGAGGUUGACACACAGGUCAGCGUGAAAUCCCUGCUCUCCAAAGAGGACCAUCAUUACUAUGAGUUUCAACGCGAGAUGGAGAUGUACUCUAGACUGGAUCAUAAUAAUGUCAUCAAACUUCUGGGCGUCUGUAGAGACAUAGAACCACAGUUCUACAUUGCAGAAUAUUGCGACUGGGGUGACCUUAAACAGUUUUUACUUGCAUCACGUGUGGAUAACAGUGGCCGUAGAAGAAUACCACCGCUUCUUAUCCUUCAGAAGAUAGGCAUGUGCAAUCAAGUUGCCCUGGGCAUGGAGCACUUGUCAAACAACAGGUUCGUGCACAGAGACUUGGCCGCAAGAAACGUGCUUCUCACGUCACGUUUAGAACUAAAAAUAUCUCACAUGGCCAUAAUUCGCGACAUGUAUGCCAGUGAGUAUGUGAUCAUGAACAAUCAGGCCAUGCUGCCACUGCGCUGGCUUGCGCCUGAAGCUGCCAUAGACUCGGAGUUUUCUACUAAAAGUGAUGUGUGGGCUUACGGUGUGUUCAUGUGGGAAGUGCUGCAUUUAGCGGACAUGCCUCAUAAAAACAGAACAGAUGAGGACCUUAUGAAAGGUCUCCGAAAUGGCGACGCCCGUUUGGAUUUUUCAGAACACUGUCCGAACGAAAUGGUGGACUUGGUUCGACGAUGUACUACUGACAACCCCAAGGACCGUCCCAGUUUCUCGGAUGUUUGUAACAAAGUGGCCGAGCUAGUGCACUUGUACUCACAGCCUCAGUUUCAGAACCCAAUUACAGAACCAGUGGGGUCAUACCCUGCACUGUCUUCAUACUCAUCGUCCAGUUCAUACCAGCAGUGAACACUAAUGUAAUUAGUUAGGGUCAUGGUCAGAUGUGAAUAUUGGUGGGUGGGGUAAUGAGGUAUAUGGGUUGGGUAAUAAAGUAGGUGGGUGGGGUAAUGGUGGUAAUAAAAAUGUAGGUGAGUGGAGUAAAUUCAUGGGAUAUGAACUAGCAUAAACAAUUGCCAUACGACUGAUGGGAGAUAAGUGUAGUGUGUUGAGUGUUUGUAAAGUGUUUGCUAAAAAGGAUUGUUAAAACAUACUCAUUUUAAAAUUGCGUUUACUGAAGUCGGGUUUCUCAAUGGUCAGGUAGUUUGAAAAUAUUAUGUUAAAUCAUUGCUAAAAGCAGAAUAACAUCUGUAACUGUGUGUGCAUUCACUUAGAACUAAUUAUUGUAAAAUAAUGCAUUUGGUAUUCUCUAGUUGCUGUAAAACAAAACUAUAAAUAUAUAGCACAAUUGAUAAAGUUUUGUUUAGCUUGCAAUUGUUUCUAAAACUUGUGAUUCAAGAAAAUCAUGAUUACUUGUUUGUAUAAAAGCCUUUAUAAAUAGAACAUUUUAUAGAUACAGUAGUUUGAUAAAGGGUGUAAAUUUUGUGUUUGAGGUUACAAACCACCAUAUCUUUUUGUUUGCAUAUGUACAUGUGUAUAUGUCUAGUGCUAGUUCUUUCGUUGAGAAUCUGCUGCCUCAUGUUUUAUUGUCAGGCUUUAUUGUUAUGCCUCUGACUAAUUUUUUGCCAAUGAUGCACAAAGGGUCAACUAUUUUGAUUUUACAUAUGUGAUCACUUUUUAUAUGUUGAUGUAUUUAUUUAUCAUGUUAUGUUACUUUAUUUCGGCAACUCCUUUAAACACAUGCUUUUAACCAAAUGUCUGGAAUCUGUUUCUGUAAUUCCAUCAUGUUUGUUUUGAACAUGUUUUAAGCCUUUUCUAGAGGCCAUUGUGAUUACUAUUUUUUGUGACACUGUUUUUGUUUGGUCAAAUUUGAGGCCAAAAUUUUGCCCCAUUCCCAAUGCCAAAAAGGAUAUAUUUCCCUAAAUGACAACCUUAUACAUGUACGCUAAUUAAAAUUUUCAAAAAAUAAAUAAUUUAUUAAUUUUUAGAUAAAUUACUUUAUCUAGUUGCUCUCCCUAUCCAGCUCUAUUAGUUUAUCUCAGUAAGUACAAUACUGAAAACACUUUAUCAUUAAUUUUAAAGGUUGUGUUACAAAAAGGAACAACACCAAUUUCCAGAUUUGAGUCAAAACAACUAAUUAUUCCCAAUCAAAAGGGCCCAGUCCCAUUCCUGAAACUGGAAAAAACAAACACUGUGAUAGAGAGAAAACCUUCAUAUUCUUAAAUGCUUUUAUGAUUAGAAGACCCUUCCCACAAUGCAUUUCUCUUCAUUAUGAAAGGCAUCUUCAAUAUGAAUAUAAAGCUGUUAUUUCAGUAUUUUAUGUUGUUGUUUUUCUACUUUUAUGUAGUUGAAUAUGAAACCUAUUUAAGAUUUCCAUUUCUAGUAUGACUAUCAGUGUUAUGUUUGCAUUUUGAUCUACAUCUGAUGUUUAAAUGCACAUUCUCUUUCCACAAAAUUAUUUUGUAUUAAUUUUUUAUUCACCUCGACCACUGUUCCAUUCAUGUUCCCUCUUAACGAGAAUACAUUUUGUGUGCUUCUGCUUUCUUCCUAUGCUAAUCAGGUGUCACAUUAGAAAUCCAUGAAUUGCCUGUGAAUUGCAGAUGCUUUGAGAACGCUUUUUGCGUAUGAUAACACAGUAUCAUAAAUACACACAUGAAACUUUUGUCACUUGUUCUACCAGGUAUAUUACUGUAAUUACUCUUAGUUUUCAUACAUUCUAAAUUUUUGGACACUCCGGUUUUUGGUUGAAAUAAUUAUUUUUUGUAACUCUUAAUUUUAGGACAGUUUAUUUUACCAGAUAUAAGUGUCUCUACAUUUUACAUCACCUUUAUAUUUUGUCUCUAAAUUGUUUAACAGCUGUAUUUUUAAAAUAUCGUUUGUAUCUCAUUUUCUGACAAUUUUUGUUACCCCCGCCAAUUUUUUUUUCGAAGGGGAUAUAGUAAUUGGUCCCGUCCGUAUGUCGAACCAUAACUCUAUCUACCUUAGUUUUUGAAUUAUCUCCCCUUUUAUAUAACUUUAAAGUCAAUUUUUGUCCGGAGCAUAACUCUAAAUCUACUGAAGGGAUUUACUUGAAAAUUGAAAAGUAAACAGAUGGCAAGUAAGAGAAGUGCAGUGACUAAGAACCAUAACUCUAUCUACCUUAGUUUUUGAAUUAUCUCCCUUUAUUUAAUUUCAAAGUAAUUUUUUGUCUGGAGCAUUACUCUAAAUCUACUGAAGGAAUUUACUUGAAACUUUAAGUAUAAACAGAUGGCAAGUAGGAGAAGUGCAGUGACUUAGAACCAUAACACUAUCUACCUUAGUUUUUUAAUUAUCUCCCUUUUUUUUUAUUACAAAGUAAAUUUUUGUCCGGAGCAUAACUCUAAAUCUACUGAAGGGAUUUACUACUGAAGGGAUUUACUUGAAACUACAAAUAUAAACAGAUGGCAAGUAGGAGAAGUGCAGUGACUAAAAACCAUAACACUAUCUACUUUAGUUUUUGAAUUAUCUCCCUUUUUUUAAUUACAAAUUACAUUUUUGUCCGGAGCAUAACUAUAAAGCUACUGAAGGGAUUGACUUGAAACUACAAAUAUAAACAGAUGGCAAGUAGGAGAAGUGCAGUGAACAUGAACCAUACCUCUUUCAACCAUAUUUUUUUUCAUUAUCUCCCUUUAUUUGUUUUACAACUAUUAUUCUCUUCUCUAAAACAAAUGUUGUCAUACAAGCAAACACAUUUCGGCAGGGAUUUGGCACUACUGUGACAAGCUCUUGUUAUUUAUUUGUAAGUGUCCAAAAACUUUAGUAAUGAUGUAAGAUACAAUAUUUUCACAUUCAUCUGCCAAAUAUAUGGUUUUCAAGACUGUUAAACAGUACAUCAAUGUACAGGUGUGAACAAUUUAAGUCUAAUUAAGUUGUUUUGGCAAAUUACAUUAUGAUUUAAAUACCUUUAAAAGCCUGUCAUUAUUUAAUAAUUUAAAUACAAUAAGUCUUAGCUUUACUUAUUUUUUUAAUUCCCUUUUAUGUUUGUGAUGGACAUGAAUUCAUGUGUAUGUACUUUUAUAUAGUCAUACAGUUAAGCCAUUUAAAAUACCUAUUUAAGAUUAAGUCUGGCUUUUGUAUUUAUUUGUUUUAUUGUGAAAUCUUAUUGUUAACCAAACUCUUUCAUUUUUUUUUCAUUUUUAAGAAAAUUCCCAAAGUGUUUUUUUUAAUUGUCAAAUUUGAGUUUGAAAUAUAGUAGAAAAAGUGUCAAUAUGCUGUAGACCUGUUGUAGGGGUGUACCACAGGUAGUUAGCGUGUGGCUAUGAUAUUAAUUAGUAAGAACAUCAUUUAGAAUGAAACAUAAUCUAAUUAUAACGAAAAAUCAACUUAUCUGAAAAAAAAUUCACUAUCAAAUAUAUAUUUGAUAGUGAAUUUAUUUUCAGAGAAGUUGAUUUUAAUUAAUUAAUUAAUUAUUACCAAUUUAUUACUAAUUAAUAUCAUAGCCACACGCUAACCUCCUGUACAUUUAAACUGUCUGGCAGAACAUGACUUAAAUGAUUAUAAAAAUGAAGACAAAACAUAUGAGCAGCGUCUUGUAAAAAUAUGACCUAUUCCAUAAUCAAUUAAAUAUCAUCUGUGUACAGAUACAUUAUACAAUGUUUAUGUCUCUUAUAAAAUUAUAUUUUUUUAACAACAGCCAGAAAUUUCUUUUGCAGCAAUUGAGUGGAAUUGAUUUCUGACAUUUUUGAUAGUUGACCAUAUUGGAGUAAGGAGAUAUGAUGUUGCUGUAUUAAUAAGUAGUAAAGUUGCCUUUUGCGAAUAUUUAAAAAUGUUUUGUUAAAAAAUAUAAUCUAUUUCAGCGGGUGUUACCAAUAUGGUAUAUUUGCUACCCUUUAUAUAUUAGCUAGUGUUAAUGCGAAAUGUGCUUAGCUGAUGUAGAAAUUCAUGAUGCAGAUUAAUAAUUAUUAUAGUGUUAUCAUGUCAUGUUACCUUAGUAAACUAAGGUCAUUCACACUGAAUUAAAAGUAAGAUUGUACUUAAUUGCUAAAAGGUUUAUUUGAGUAUGAAUUAAAGGGGCGCACAACAAUUGUUAUUAAACUAUGUUUUCUGAUUUCAACCGUGCUUUCAAUAAAAUAUACUUUUAGUACAGCAAGUUCCCUAGAUACUCAUAAUACAGGCCAUUGUAUACAUACCGGUAGGUCCCUGCAUAAUGUAUAUUUUUGAAUAUACUUUCCAUUCAAAAUGUUAUAUUUUAAGAAAAGGCCCAUUAACUAUUAAAAUGUUAUUAUCAGUCUGUCCAUUUCUUGUAUUAUAUCUCAAAAACAUGAUCCUGGUCUGACAGUAUCUGUACAUGUAUGAAUGAAUUCUUAAUGUAUAAUGUAGGGUUUAUGCUUACUGUUUCAUUGUUAUGCAAAAGUUUGUUUGACCAGCAAACAAAACAGUUUUCAUGUUUAGUUUACAGGAAAAAUAGAUUUUUGUAAUUAAACAUCCAAUUUUCAAAUUAUUACAAUUUAAUUUUGAAACUGGCAUUGCUUAGAAAUCUGUACAUGACUAAUUUGCAUUUGUUUCAAUGUCAGCAUGUAUGAAAGUAAUAAAAUCACAAAAUAUGCUUAUUCGUUUUACAUAUCCAUUUCAUAUUUAGUAUAACCUAUCUUAAGUGAAUGAAAUUCAAGUUGCAAUAAUUGGGCCUAGUACAUGUACACUGUAAAUAGUUUUGUGGUCGCUACGCUUAUCAAUAUUGAUAGAUAUCAUAAUUGUGACGUCACAUAUGUUGUUAUGGUUACAUAAUAUAUGUAUGAAACAUCAUUAUUAGAGUUACUGUUGUUCUUCUUUAUUUUCCUAUUUUGGUGCUUGACAUGUCAUGACAAUGGUAACUAGCUUGUACAUCAGUAAAUUAUUGAAACAUU